AUGACCACCGUUGGUGCAUCUGCCGCCGAGGAUAAGACCGACCUCACCACGGCCGAGGUUCAGGACAGUAUCGACCUGGGAGAUGACCCCUCACGCGGGGUCACGCAGAAGAAGCAGAGUCUGUCCGACUUGUUUACGAUUUUUGCCAGUGGUUUUGCCUUGAUUAGCGAUGGAUACCAAAAUAACCUAAUGACCAUGACCAAUGUCCUCCUCAAAAAGGAAUAUCCAAAUGAAUACACGUCCACUGUCAGCACUCGAGUCUCGAAUGCAUUGCUCGUUGGUGAAAUUAUUGGCCAGGUAGUAGUUGGUCUGACUUGCGACUACCUGGGUCGAAAGAUGGCUAUCAUCUUCACCACGCUGAUGAUUGUCGUUGGUGGAAUCUUGGCCACUGCUUCGCAUGGUGUGACUAUCGACGGCAUGUUUUGGAUGAUGACUGUAGCUCGUGGAAUUGUAGGCUUCGGCGCUGGCGGCGAGUAUCCUGCGUCCUCUACGUCCGCCUCUGAGUCCGCCAACGAUUUGACACCGAAGCAUCGCGGGCCCGCUUUCAUCAUGGUGACCAAUUUCCCUUUGUCUUUCGGAGGACCCUUUGCAGUGUCGAUCUUCUUGAUCGUCCUGAUGGCCUGUCAACAGUCGCACUACAGUACGGUGUGGCGGGUUUGCUUCGGCAUCGGUUGCAUCUGGCCACUCUCUGUGUUCUACUUUCGGAUCCGAAUGCUCAACUCUGCCCUCUAUCGGCGCGGUGCGAUCAAGAAGCAUGUUCCAUACAAGCUUGUCCUCCGAUAUUACUGGAAGAACCUGAUCGGGACCUGUGGUGCUUGGUUUCUCUACGAUUUUGUCACGUUUCCAAAUGGUGUCUUCUCCGGCACUAUCAUUUCGAAUGUGGUGGGCACGGGCUCCAUUCGCCAGACAGCCGAGUGGCAGCUGCUCCUAGGAGCCAUCGCCCUGCCAGGAGUCUUUCUCGGCGCUCUCCUCUGCGACCGUGUAGGGCGGAAGAAUAUCAUGAUGAUUGGCUUUAGCGGCUACCUGAUCUUUGGUCUCAUCAUUGGAUGUGCCUUUGAUAAGAUCACCAAGAUCAUACCUCUCUUUGUGGUCUUCUACGGUCUCAUGCAAAGCUCGGGCAACUUUGGUCCCGGCAACAUGCUGGGCCUUUUGUCGUCGGAGUCCUAUGCCACUGGUGUGCGUGGAACCUGCUACGGUCUCUCGGCUGCGAUUGGCAAGACCGGCGCGGCCAUCGGGACGCAGGCGUUCCAGCCCAUCUCCACUCACCUGGGAAAGAAAUGGACUUUUAUUAUUGCCGCUGUCUGUGGCGUGGUUGGGGUUCUGGUGACCUGGUUCUUCGUGCCCGAUCUCUCAGGGGAAGACCUGCGUAUGCGAGACGAGAAGUUUCGCGCGUACCUGGUGGCGAAUGGGUGGCAGGGAGCUAUGGGAGAGGAUGAUCUCGAGGGCGAUGCGAAUGAGGGCAUUCCCACGGCGGCGAUGACUGAGGCUACUGCUGAAAAGACGUUUUGA